AUGAAGAAGCUGCGCUGCGAGGGAAUCUUCACGCACAGAGAAUACGAUGUGGUCACAGACCAGCCCCCCUACUAUAUCAUUUACAAGAGGAGCAGCGGAGGAGUGUACGAAGCGAGUGAGCACUUCAAUGGACUAACUGCAAUUAUAAAGGGGAAGAGAAAAAAUUAUGGGGAGCGCAAGGCGCAAGUGAUGAGUGAUUUCCUGCACAAGGUGUAUCGCGGAGGGACGGCAACUCCCCCGGGGAAAAAAACCACCACGAAGGAGAGACACAUCGCCCAGUUAAUGAAAAAUACAAACCCACUCUACGUUAGGAGCGAUUCCCUUGAGCAUAUCUACCGGGGGUGCUCCUUCCCCUACAGUUACUCCCCCGAGGGGGGGUUUCUCCAAGUGGAGAAGCAUUGCCUGUCUACUCCCACGAGGGGAAGCCAGGUGAAGCAGUCGAACCGGUUGAAUCGGCUAAGCCAGGUGAAGCAGUCGAACCGGUUGAAUCGGCUAAGCCAGGUGAAGCAGUCGAACCGGUUGAAUCGGCUAAGCCAGGUGAAGCAGUCGAACCGGCCGAACCGGCUGAGCACAAAAGGAAGACCGACGGUGAAAACAGGGAGGAAGAUCACCCAUCAGACAAGGACGACCCAUUUUGAGGACCACAUGAGGGAGCUCUUUCAUGAAAGGCUCAGGAUGAAAGAUAAGGGAGUAGCUGUUUUGCUGUCGUUCCUUUAUCAUCACAGGGUAGUACGUAAUUUGCGUGUUAAAAGUAUGAUCGAAAUGCAUAUAGAGAAUGGGGUGCCUUUAGGGGAGAGUCCUAGGCAUGGAGAGAAGCUGAAUAAGGGAAGGGGAUUCACCAAAGAAGUGUUUACUCUCUCGUUUGACAUGCAUGCAAGGAACGACAAGUGCGUCGAUUAUUUGUCAUUCUUUUUAAAUAAGUUCCACUGUGAGGAUGUAAAUGGUGAUACAUUUUUUACCAACUCCUUUUUGACUAAUCUGAUGUAUGUUCAUUCAAGGAGACUGAAGGAGGAAAUAUGUUACAAUAAUGACACUUUAGUGGAGGGACUCAAUAGGGGAGUGCUUCUUCUGUCCUACUUGUUUACGCAGAUGGGGAGAACAGACAGGCUGGUGAGUAGAGGCACAUCUAUUGCAAAAGCGAGACGAAGUUAUACCAUCGGGGUAGAGGACAGGGUUGUGUACAUACCUACUCUCUUUCGGGACCACCUCUACUUCCCAAGUGAUUAUAUCAUGUACUGGGAGGACUCCAACCAGCUGGAACGACAAAGAACCGUUGUUAACCUCACCGUAGAGAAGCAGUUCAAGGGGGAGGGCAUGAAGCGCGACUGCAGGGUGAUGGUGCGGGUGGCCUGUGAUGAGGCUGCUUGUGAUGAGGCUGCUUGUGAUGGGGCUGCUUGUGAUGGGGCUGCUUGUGGUGUAUCCCCCCUGCGCGACUGCACCGCCAUCGUGAUGGAUCUGCACCCGAACGGUGUUGUGCUAGACAAGGAGAGAUUGGCGAGUCCCCACCUUACUGCAUCCUUUGCAGAUAUAGAGAGUUACAAGUGUGUGGCCCCCCACUCUGUGACGAAGUAUCGAGUGAGCCUAUCACAGGGGAGACCCUCAUUUGGUGGGUUCACACUAGGUGGGUUAGCUCAGGGAACUGUCUCCCCUGAGCGGGAAGGGGAGGGCGAAUACCUGAGCGAGGCAUCUAUCGGGGAUCUCCCAGGUGUGGUACCUCUCCCCACCGCGGGGGAAGAUGCAGCGGGGGAAGGCACCGCGGGGGGGUCGUCCCACCAACCCUGCGCCGCCUUCUCCUUCGACAUACAAAUUAGCAGCAGGUACGUGGCCCCCUGUGAACGAGGAGAGCAGUUAAAGAGAAGCACCGCAAAAAAGGGAGUUCACCUGUCGGGGGGAGAGACUCCCCCCACCUAUGGGGAUAACACUUGCACAGACUACGACGCCGUGGUGUUAUCCAACGCAAAGGUGUUCCUAAACUGUGGAGGUGAUGGGAAGGAGAGUCCCACUACACAUCACAAUGAACGGAAUGCCACUCUGUACGCAGAUGCUAGACGUGUUUAUAUAAAGGGGGGGGAGGACAUGCUGAGCGUCCACACGAGGGACUUUUUUUUCUUCCUGAGUGAGGUGUCCUUCGUGCAGGUGUUAUCCCCCCGCUGGGAGGGUGAUAGGCAAGGGAGCAGCGCAGAAGGGAGCAAUGCACAGAGGAGCAGUGUAGAAGGGAGCGAUGUACAGCGGGGCGGAGACGGUCGCAAAGGAGAGGGGCCCCCCGCGACACUCGCCGCCAACCCCCUAGCUGCCUACUCCCUCGCCAGGACAAUAAACUACGAGAGUGUUAUGAACAAAAGGAUCAUUUACAACGAGAUCCUCUCGGGGGUCCCUCCCUGGCAGCAUGUGGCUGUGGCGAAUGAUCUAGAGAUGUUGAGAUGGCCCCCCCCUAGUGGGCAUGCCCCCGAGGGGGGGGCGGAUUACUACGUCGACGUGGUUUACGUUCACUCAGUGCCGCGUGGGUCCGACAGUUACUUGCACGUGAUGUGCGUGUCGGUGCUCACGUCGGCUCUGCUGGUCCUCUGCACGUUUGUCCUC